AUGGCAAACCGUGGAAACGCUGCUUCCUCGAUCGGUACGGUAUGGCGAUUGACCACCUGCAGCCUAGGACGCAAGGCCGAAUUUAUCUCGACAACGUUGGCACAUGUACGUCAACAGUCUCGACUGCACGACUGCAGUCUCGAUGCGAUAGAUCCUUAUCCGCCAUUAAUGUCGUUCUCCAGGCUGCGACACCCGCUUUGUGCGCCGCAGACAACAGUCGGCCGGAUCACUCGGCGGCCGAUACCGAAGAUUCAAUGUACUGUAUGA